UCUGCUUCAAUCUAUCCUCUGCCGUGUAGUACUUCAAAAUAUCGAUCCUCCAAUGGCUCCAGCGACUAUCUCCUUGAACUAUUUCAUCCUGAAUCGAUCUGCCAGAUCUGCGAAAGUGAAAGUUCGCCUUACGCAGAACCUUCAUGAUGUCAGAACAGCGGUUUAUGACAAGAAGAGAGGGUUCUUUGCAGGCGUCGGCUAUUGACGUAUAUGCACCUUGCAAUCUUGCGGUGAAGCCUCGCGAUACCCUGUACGAUCGUUCCAAAGAAAGCUUGGCGUCCUUGCAGCCCGUCGAGCUAGACGAACUGGUUAAGGACCAGAUUAUGAAAGGGGAGCCUUUAGACAAGAGCUUGAUUCAUCUUGUCUUCAUUGAUCGUUUAAUCCGUGAGUUGUUGUUACUGCUCAAAUGCUCACGAACUGAUGAAUAUGAUCUCAGAGCCACUGGCCACAAGUAAGAUGGCACGAAGCGGAAGCGACCUGAUGAUCCAAAUUCUGAUGAAUUUCAACGCGCCAAGAUUUUGAAGCAGGCGCCACUGGAAGCCCUAUCGUAUAUCGGCACACCCGCUUUCUGGCAAUGCUCACUGGCAUGGGAGACUCAGAGCAC